GUCAUCGCGAGUACCGGAGAUGCUUCGAUAACAGAAAAAUUGCGUUCCAGCGACAACGCGUUGUGCAAACAGCAGGCGUUAAGCGAGUACUUACCGUACUUGGCAUGUGGUAGAAGAAGAUUUAAACGGCAUUAAAUUACCUAUGCCUUAUUAUUCCUACGAAUUAAUUGUUAAUUGCUCCAAAAAUCCGCUAAUCCUGUAAAAUACAUGAACAAUAAAACAAUAACAACAGAAGUGACCAUUUGGCGUCGAGAGUGGACAGUGGGGGAGGAAAAUGAACGCACAAAGAGGGGAUCCAUAAACAGCCCGGGGUCAUCCCCCCCGCCACUCGGCCAAUGCAAUGUAAAUCAGGCCUGGUCUGUCUGUCCCAAUGUGCAGGGCACUUUCGUCUACUUCAUGAUCAAUGCACUGUGGCUGGUGGCGACCCUGGCACUGCAGUUCGUGGGAGCCGACCUCUACAUCCAGAUCCCGAGCACGAAGAACGAGGGGACGGUCAUCGACGUGCUGCCCCUCGCCUUCAUGUUCCUCAUCACCUUCUCCAGCAUGCUCAUUGUCCAGUUCCUGGCCAUGCUGUACCACAGGUUGUUCACGCUGCUGCACGUGCUCUCCUACGUGGAGUCGUCGUCGUCGGGCCAGCAGUCAAAGAGGGGUGCUGUUGGUCGAGACAACAAAGCAUUCGUCAACGAUGGAGACGACGAUGACGCUCAGCAGCGCCGUCUUAGAGAGAUUGUCUAACAGAUCCCUGGACCCCCUCCUCACACGCCGCACGUGGGUCCCCUCCCCGCACACAGCACAUAGACCCCUUCCACUCACGGCGCACCUGGACCCCCUCCUCACAAGCCGCAAGUGGCCCCCCUCCAUGCACGCUGAACGUGGACCCCCUCCUCGCACGCUGCUCGUGGACCCCCUCCUCGCACGCUGCUCGUGGACCCCCCCCUCGCACGCUGCUCGUGGACCCCCUCCUCGCAUGCUGCUCGUGGACCCCCUCCUCGCACGCUGCUCGUGGACCCCCUACUCGCACGCUGCACGUGAAUCCCCUCCUCGCAUCCUCGCACGCUGCACGUGGACCCCUACUCGCAUGCCAUACGUGGACCCAUGCACGUCGUGGUUUAUCAAUGACGGUGCGGUCAGUAAAGGUGCAGCCCUGCAAGAUGCUUCCCUUGUUGGAAGAGGUGGGAGU